CUGUAGCUGCCGCCACGAGGACAGCAUGGCAGGCUCUGAGUUGCGGGCGGCGCUGGAGCAGCGGCUCGCCGCCCUGGCCAUUCGCACAGAGGUCGUGGAGCACCCGGAGGUGUUUACAGUUGAAGAAAUGAUGCCUCAUAUCCAGCAUUUGAAAGGCGCACACAGUAAGAACUUAUUUCUUAAGGACAAAAAGAAAAAAGGCUAUUGGCUGGUGACAGUUCUUCAUGAUAGACAAAUUAAUUUAAAUGAUCUCGCCAAGCAGUUAGGUGUCGGGAGUGGAAACCUGCGGUUUGCUGAUGAAGCAGCCAUGCUAGAAAAACUGAAAGUUGGCCAAGGUUGUGCCACACCAUUGGCACUCUUCUGUGAUGAUGGAGAUGUGAAGUUUGUCCUGGAUUCUGCCUUUUUGGAAGGUGGAUAUGAAAAGGUGUACUUUCAUCCAAUGACCAAUGCUGCAACCGUGGGACUGAGCCCUGAAGACUUUCUCACAUUUGUGAAGAACACAGGACAUGAUCCCAUAAUACUAAAUUUUGAUAAAAACUAAUAGGGCUUAAGUUCAGAGUAUUUAUUUCUGAAAGCUGUUUUUCUUACUUGCAAUUAUAAAAAGCAUUAAAAAUGGGAAGAUGUAUCUAGCACUCAGUUUGGUGACCUGAACUAUUUGAGAAAGACUAUUUCAUCUUAAAGUUUUUUUUUUUUUUUUUUUAAGAUCUAUUGAGGUAGCUUUAGUCAGGUCAGAGGUUCCACCCUCCCCAUCCCCAUGAUGAUUACUUGUUACAAGAAUGCCUUCAUUAACAUCAGGAGUUCCCUGGUUGCCUUCUGGUUAGGAAUCAGGCUUUCACUGCCUGGCCCAGGUUCAGUGCCUGGUCACGGGAACUGAGAUGCCUGCACGCUGCAGGGUGGCCAAAAAAGAAUUCACAUCAAAACUAAGAUUAUUUAUCUAAGAUUAACUGUCUUACAUCUUAUUUAUUAUACUUGCAAGUUUCUAAAAUAGCAUAUGUAAAAUUAUACAUAUGAUAGUGUACAUAUGGGGGAAAAAUAAUAUGGGAAGACAUUAAAUUGUAAAUAGUGGUUAUCCCGAGGGAAUGAGGAUUAAGGAAUAAGAAUUUCCAGCAGUAUAAUUAAACAAGGGGGCAAGGGAAAACCUUUCUGUUACUGUUUGUUUUUAAACCAAUGCUUUUUUCCCCCCCAGUGAAAAAUAAGCUAAUUUUUAAAAUAAAAUUCUAUCUUUGGAAUAUCUUAAUCUAGAAAAACCCUCAAAGUAGGGGUAGAAAAUAUGCCAUAAUCAUUAUACUAAUGAAAUUACAUUUUAAAACUCAGGAGCAGAACAUACAGAGGCCAUUAAGAAGGAUUUGUUUAGUCUUUGUUCAGAGGUUAGAAAUUUGAACAUGCUUGAACAAGUUUCUUCUGUCUUUUACGCUGUAUUAAAUUUACUUAUUUUUCAACUAUGCAUCUAAAAAGUAAGAUAAAUUUUAUACACAUAUAAACAAAAAUGUGUAAGAACCCAGGAUUAGGUAUUGUCAGUUGCCAUAGAGAAGCUAGUUCAAAGACAGGAAAAUUAAUAUACUUUUUCACUGCUCUUAAACUCAAAUAAGACCCUAAUUGAGGGUCUGAGUAGACUACAAAACAGCCUAGAGGACUUAGGAAAAUUAUCAUUUCCUCUAGUACAAUCGGGUAUUUGAGAGAGAAGCGUUUUUUUCCUAAGGUUGAACACGCAAUAAUUUCUUCUGAUAGAGAAAUUGUAUUUAAUUUGUACCAAUCUGCAUUACUGAAAGGCAAAGCUAAAAACUUGUCAUUUUUCAAUAUAUGUGGUUAGAGACUACAAGUCUACUGAUGGCAGAAUUUUUAUAAAAUAUAGAUGAGUAAGUUAGGUGAGUUAGUAAGAAAUAUCUUCCAUCAAUGAUAACAUUCUGAGAUGCUACACUGGUUUUUGCCUACUUGGUACUAUGUCUCUAAGAAAGGAAAUUUAGGUUGCUUUGAAUAUAAAAUGAAGGUUUACUGAAUAGAAUCAAAGACACUGAGGACAUCAGGAAACUGGUCUAACUGUCCUCACCUUAGAGUGAAAAUAGGCCCAGAAAGACUGACCUGCCCAAUGACACAAGGCAAGUUGCCAUCUCUUAACAUUAUGCCUCCCAAAGUCUAUGUGAAAAUGAAAAGAGACUGAUGUGUAUAAUCUAUUUUAUUGUAAUGACACUUCUGGGAUUGACAAAACUAAUAGACUCUUCUCUUUCUCCCAAAACCUCUAAUACUCAUCCCAAAGUGAUUAGAACAGAGAUAAACAAGAUUAUGUCUGAAAACUGGUUUUCUAGGGCAGAGAAAGGAAAGAAUAAUACUUGGUUAAAUUAUAUGUUAUGAUUGCUAACCACUUAUUAUAAAAAUCAUAACAGUUUGACAAGUGAAUGUUAAACCAACUUAAUUUUUUUAGGAGAAAUAAAAGUUAAAAACUAAAAUGAAAAAUGUUUUUGAAAAAAGAUCAGCCAAAUGAUGGUGUCUUUUUUGGUAUGAACUGGAUUUUUUGUUAUCAACUGUGGCUUUAAUAUAGCCAAGUAACAAACAUUUUGCCAUUUAACUCCAGAUUUCUCAGUAGCAUUAAUUUAAAGGAAAUGUUACAGCUCUUGUAUUAUUUGAUUUGGUAUUUAAUAACAGUUAUAAGUACAAUGGCAAACAUUGAAAGAGAGAACCCUUAGAAAAGAAAGACAAUUUAAAAUCAGGUUUUGUUAAAGGGUGUUAUAAGUGCAACUUUAUCAUAAGCAUUCCUUUUAAGGCAUUUUCACUGUUGUCCAAAUAACUUGUACAUCAAGGUUUAUAUUAUAAAAUGGGCUCCGUCUGUAUUAUUCAUUCAAGGCUUAAGAAAAAAAACAUAUCUCAGGACUAAGAGUAGCAGAAAAAAAAACACAAAACUUCACUUUUCUCAUAAAAAGUAACUUAAAGUACAAAAGUUAUUUAGCAUACAUUAUUACUCCUCAUUGUAAUUCCAGAUUUGGUACAAUAUCUUUUUCACUUCCUGACAUAAACUGUUAAGACAGUACAGGCUGUAAUACUUCAUUUGUGAGGUGGCUGCAAUUCUGUAAUAUGCACAGUGAUUUUUAAAUAGGCUCUUACCAUGCCUUGCAUGAAAGGUGCUACAUACAAACCUGUCCCGUGAACUCUUUGGUAACCACCAGUUCAAAAACUUGGACCGAACAUUUCCACAUUGCCAGAUCUGAAGCACUUAAUCGGAGCUCUGGGCCGAAGCUAUUACCCUGUAUAUAAAUUCUUUAGUUUCCAAGGGGGAGUAGAGCCGGAUAAUUAAAAUCAUGUCAGGCGCCAGUCAGGAAAGUGGCCCCAGCUAUUGUACUUUCUAGUUGGUUACGCAGUUUUGUUUGGCAGAAGUAGUUUAUCUAAGGGAAAAGCAUGACUUCCUACUAAGUUUGCUUCUGAUGCUACCUUUUGGAAAUGGUAAAAUACUCAUGUGGUUAUCUAGUCCUUUCUUGAAAUGGUAUGAAAAAGGUGAUGAAUGUGAUUUGAGAAUAUGCCUACUUUUUGCAGUCUCUUUCUCUUGGUUGUCUUGCUGCAUUUCCUCAGAGUCAGCCCUUUACAGGCUACCCUUAAGCAUUUUCUAGUUGAAGCAAUAAUGUGUUGCUUCAGUCAGCAGGGUCUCUGUUUUAGGAUAUUAGUGUCCUGGAGAGAUCAAGCUGUGGUAUCACACACCCUAGCUGGACUACCUCCUACUCAUUAAAUUUCAACUUGAAGCAAAUGUCCUGGGAUGUGUCCUAGUUGUGCAAAUUAGAUGCUAGUUAAUAUAAAUCUAAGUUACCCACUUAUUGUAUUUAGCUAAAACAUAAUUUCUAUAUUUACUCUCAAUUUAUCCACCUAAAAA